AAACCUUUUUCCAAAAAGGACAAAGGAACUCAAAUCAGUUGUACAUAGUGCUCCUGGUUGGAAAUUAUUUGGUAAAGUCCCUCCCAGAGAGAAUCUUCAGAAAACUUCCAAAAUCAUUCAGCAGGUGUGAAAUUCCUGCUUGUGGCCAUUUGAACCAGUUGGAAUAUGAAGCACGAACAGGGAGAGCCUGUAAACCACCACCUCAGUCUUCAAGACGGAAGAAUUUUGAAUUUGAGCCACUCUCUACUACUGCCCUGAUUCUUGAGGAUCGACCAUCAAAUCUUCCUGCCAAAUCUGUGGAAGAAGCUUUACGUCACCGACAAGAAUAUGAUGAGAUGGUGGCUGAGGCUAAAAAACGAGAAAUUAAAGAAGCACAUAAAAGAAAAAAAAUAAUGAAAGAACGCUUUAAACAGGAAGAAAAUAUUGCAAGUGCAAUGGUUAUUUGGAUCAAUGAAAUACUACCCAAUUGGGAAGUAAUGCGUAGUACAAGAAGAGUUCGAGAAUUGUGGUGGCAGGGAUUGCCCCCUAGUGUUCGUGGGAAAGUUUGGAGUCUAGCUGUAGGAAAUGAACUAAAUAUCACUCCUGAGCUUUAUGAAAUCUUCCUCUCAAGAGCAAAAGAACGUUGGAAAAGCUUCAGUGAAGCAAGUUCAGAGAAUGAUAUAGAAGGUGUAUCUGUUGCUGAUCGAGAAGCCAGUUUGGAAUUAAUUAAGCUGGACAUAUCUCGUACAUUUCCAUCUCUCUACAUCUUUCAGAAGGGUGGCCCAUAUCAUGAUGUCUUACAUAGUAUAUUAGGGGCAUAUACAUGUUACAGACCUGAUGUUGGUUAUGUUCAAGGGAUGUCCUUCAUAGCAGCAGUUCUCAUUCUCAAUUUGGAAGAGGCAGAUGCCUUCAUUGCAUUUGCAAAUCUUCUGAAUAAGCCAUGCCAAUUAGCCUUUUUUCGUGUGGAUCAUAGUAUGAUGUUGAAAUACUUUGCAACGUUUGAAGUAUUUUUUGAAGAAAAUCUCUCCAAACUAUUUCUUCAUUUCAAAUCUUACAGUCUUACACCAGACAUAUACUUGAUAGACUGGAUCUUCACACUGUAUAGCAAAUCACUACCACUUGAUCUGGCCUGUCGAGUCUGGGAUGUAUUUUGCAGAGAUGGGGAGGAGUUUUUAUUUAGGACUGGAUUAGGAAUCCUCCGAUUAUAUGAAGAUAUUCUCCUACAGAUGGACUUUAUUCAUAUAGCACAGUUUCUAACUAAAUUGCCAGAAGAUAUCACAUCAGAAAAGCUAUUCAGCUGUAUUGCAGCCAUUCAGAUGCAGAAUAGCACCAAAAAAUGGACUCAGGUCUUUGCAUCUGUAAUGAAGGAUAUUAAAGAAGGAGAAAAGAAUAAUAGUCCUGCUCUGAAAAGCUAAUCUUCAAAAUUAACAGACUAGUUGAAAUAGAGAAAAUUUUUUUUUAUAAAAGUUUUUUGUUUCCUAUGUAAAAAGCAUGGAAGAAAAUGUUGAAGAAAGCUGAAAGAAGCAAGACAUGGAAAACUGCUGAUUUUGAAUUCCAUGGCUGAAAUAAAUGAGUAAUCUAUUGACAGUAUUAAAAAAAAAAAACGGUAUUUUGUAGGGAGAGCCAUUUUACAAAGGAAAAAGGUUAAAUGGCUAGUUCAUACUCCAUAAUUUGGAGUGAACAGUUUAAUGCAAUAAAAUUUUUUAACAGCUUUGGAGAUAGUUUAAAUUUAAAAAAUUUUUCUAUUUUAACAAUUAGCAUAAAGGCACUUUGGUAGUCAGAACAGGAGAGUUAACUACUACUUUAACUUCCAAAAUACUAUUUGAAAUAAAUACCUUAGUACAGGUGUUAUCUUCAGUUCCGAACCUUUGAAAAUGUUAUAGACCAAGAAUGAGCAACUUUAUUGUAAAUUAGUUAAGUCACUGAAGUUGUUUAUCUUCACUCACAGGUUGGGGGAAAUUAGGGUUAUCUGGGAACUGGAAAUAUUGAUGGGAGAUUGUUUAGCAUUUGUUUAGGUGUUUUCCACAGUAUCAUGUCUAGUUUUUGAAGGGAAGUUGUUUCUUUUCCUUACAGAGUUUCUAUCACUCAAAAAAUUUUUAGCCUGUUUUUAGUUUAAGAAAUUGUUCAUCUAGUAAUUUAAGAAAGCUAACUGGUAGAAGGAAAGUUCUUUGCACUUUAAUGGACUGAAGACUUUUUUGGGGAGUAAGUCCAUAAAUUUAAAUGAGGUUUUUCACUGGUAGGAGUAAAAAGUGAUGAAUUCUGAGAGUUCUUAAAUAGCAUGGUACUUGGCAAAACUUCAGCUUUGUUAGUUAAAAUUGCUUCACUUUCUGUAGAAACAAAAUUUGCUGAUUUCAACUUGAAAUUUGAAAUCUUAUUAUGUAGCCAAGUCCAUGACUUGUAAAACACUGUGUAUAAUUUUUCUAAUCAAUGGAAAUAAGAGUUAAAGAAAAAGAUAAAUUUUUUCUAAUGAGUCUAACUUUGAUGGUAUAGUAGAUAAAGGAAUGAUUAAUUAUUGGUAAAUUGACAUUGAAUUUAUUAUAAUAUGUUUAAUCCUUGAACCUAAAAUAAAUCACUUGAAUAUUAUGAGUGAUAUCUAUAUAACAUGCUAUUUGGUAAUAAUUAGACUUACAGUGUGCUUUUAUGUUGCAGUGUGGUUUGAAACAACACUUAAGCACACUAUUUCUGUUAGUGGUAUAUGUCUUCAAACUAACAAGCCUGAGAACCUUGUUAGUGUAGUGACUGCCUCUUUAGAGUAUGGGACCAGAUGGUACCCAUAUUUUUUUACCCCAUGGGUCAUUCUAGCCUAGGGACCACUAGUGGAACCUUCAGAAGUUAACUCCUAUCAUAGGAGCUUGCUUAGUGGAAACUAGUAAUGUAAGAAAAUAUUGAGGGAGUACCCAGGGUCUUAAUAGGUUUUAGAAUGACAUUUGAACUCUGGUAACUACUUCCUUAGUAUUGGUGGCUCUGAUAGAGGAAUGUAACCCCUGGCAGUAAUCUCAUUGAGGUUAUAUUACCUGCCUAAAUUUAAUCUUACUUUUAUGUAUUUGUUUCCUGAAUUGGACCUCAGUUACUGUAUUUCUUUUUCUCAUUUUUUAAACUUGUACAGUUUCGUUACCUUUCAAGUAUAAAUGUGUAUAUAAAAUGUAAAUACAAUGAAUUCACUAAAAACCACUAUUAACAAUGACUGUGUAAAUAAAACUUGCAAGCAGAGUAAUUACUUGAAA